GCCAAAAUAAGGAUGCAGUGCACUGACAGCGCCAAGACCAGAGAUUGAGGAGUGAUGUCUCUGUGGCUGGGUUUGUUAAGCCUCCUGAUCCUGGAUACUAGGACUCAGGGCUUCGGGAUAUUACCUGGAGACUCUCUGAAUCACCUGGAAAUCACAGAGAGAGCCAUUUUAAAUGUCACAGUGCAGGUGUGCCACGAUCUGGCUGCAGCUGAGGGGGCAGACUUCACUUUUCCAUUAAAGCCUUUCUCUGCAGAGGGUGUUGCUGUAGUCUGUGGAGCACCAAAAUCCUCCAAGAGUUUCCGCAAGGCCAUCAGAUUUAUCAUCCUGAGGAAUAUACGAGUCGACCUCCGUCAUGCUCUAAAUGCCAGCUUCCACUUUGAUGAAGAAAUGUUUGGUCAAGGAAGGAACAUCAUCAGUGAGGGGGUAGAGGCCAUAAAAGCAAGCAACGUGCAGGAAAAUUAUGAGGCAGCGAGACAAAAACUGGGAGAGAUUUGUCAUCCUUUGCAAGACUUUUACAGUCACAGCAACUGGGUGGAGCUAGGGAACAAAUUCCCAAACUCUAAUCUGCUCCAAUCAGGUGUCAGCAUUGGCAACAUAGCAGAUGAAAGCAGGGCGACGUGUCGCAGCUGUGACGGAGACGACUGCAGGAACAACAUCUUAGAGGAUAUCAUAGAGAAUAAUAUCUUGACCUCUGGAUACUUUGGUGUGGUACCUUUGACCUCAACCAAACCUAAAGGAAAAUGCAGCCAUGGAGGAGCAGUGGAUCAAACCAGCAUCAUUGAUCCUAUAGGUGGGAUCAACAAAGACACGUUUGGAUCCAGCCAUGGACACCUCCACACUGAGGCAGCCAACAUGGCCAUCGCUGCAACCAGUGCACUGCUGGAGGACAUUCGAAAGGCUGCUGGAGACAGAGCCUUCCUACAGAUGUUGGGACUCUCUAAAGGAUCCAGUAAAGCUCUUUGUUUUGUGAUUGACACCACUAAGAGCAUGAGUGAUGACAUAGAAGCAGUGAGGAACGUCAUCUCAUUUAUAAUCAACAGUGAAGAGAGAACAGAGAAUGAACCUGCAGCUUACAUUCUGGUACCUUUCAGUGACCCAGAAUUUGGGCCUCUGAUAAAGACUACUGACCCUAAAGUCAUCAACACUGUCAUUGACUCACUAUCCAUUACUGGUGGAGGAGAUGAAGAGGAACUAAGUCUGUCAGGACUUCAGCUGGCUUUGAGUGGAGCUCCUUCAAACUCAGAGAUCUUCCUCUUCACUGAUGCUCCUGCUAAAGACAAACACCUGAAAAACACAGUGAUAGCGCUCAUAGAGCGAACACAAACUGUGAUAAAUGUCAUGAUUUCUGGCUCAACAUUGACCAAUCGUAGGAGACGGCGUGACGACAGCCAGCAAAAGCAAAGCAGGAUAUCAGCAGAAGACACUCAGCUGUACAGGGAGCUGUCUCAGGCUUCAGGAGGUCAGACUGCUGAGGUCACAAAUAGUGAGCUCCCUGUGGCCAUCAGCAUCAUCUCGGACACUUUAAACUCCUCCGUGGUGACUCUUCUGCAGUCCGCAAGAAACCCGGGCAAUGACGACGAUUUCCCUUUCAUAGUUGAUGAGACAAUAAUAAACCUGACAGUUUACAUCACUGGCCGCUCUGUCACUUUCACUCUCAUUAGCCCCACAGGUGAAUCUCAGCAAAGCACGGACACAACAGGAUCAUUGAUCACAUCUUCCCGAUCAGCAGGAAACCUGCAGACUCUGCAGCUGCAAAACAAAACUGGAUUAUGGGAAAUUAAAAUGGUGUCAAUUCAUCCCUACACUCUGAAGGUUAUAGGUCAGAGUCCCAUUGACUUCCUGUUUGACUUUGUGGAGGAAUCGCAGGGGACCUUUGAAGGAUUUGAUGUACUUGACAGCCGCCCAAGAGCUGGUGUCAAUGGUAGCUUGUUGGUGUCUUUAACUGGGAGCACCACUGCCACAGUGACAGAAGUAGCUCUGGUCGAAUCAUGGGGAUCAGAGGAGAUUAAAGGAGUUGUGGAUCCACAGGGGAGUGGAAACUUUCUAGUUCAUUUUGACAGGAUACCAUCCUUUGAGUUUGUGGUGAGGUUGAUGGGGCGCGAUGACAGUUUUAACAACGGAGCUUCAAUAUUCUUCCAAAGGCAGACACCCACUAACUUCAGAUCUUCCAGUUUGACUAUUACUGCUGAUUCUACCAGCAUCUUAGUACCAACACAAGUGUUCUCUUUGCCCUUCUCUGUGACCACCCAUUCAAGAGGGGGAAAUUUCACAGUCAGAGCAACCAACAGCCGACGUUUUUCUUCAACUUUUCCAACCAGUUUAUCUCUGAAAACUGGAGACACUGUGAAUGGUACAGUGACCCUCUCUGCACCUCGUAACACCCCAUCUGGCACUGAUGUCACUCUGACCAUUGAGGUUGAGGCUCCCAGAGGCGAAGACAUGAACUAUGUGAUGCUGCGUUUCACUGUCAUUAACCCGAUCACAGAUUUCACUCAGCCACAGUGUGAGUUACUCACCCUACAGUCCAACUGCUCUGAUAAUUGCAGCUUAUCGACCUGGACGCUCUUUGUUCGGGUGGAUGAUGGAGCACAGGGAACAGGUGUCAACCAUGUUCGUCUCAGGAUUGGAAACGGGACCAUCAUCACCAACCCUGCUGCUGACAAUGAGAAUGUAACGAUGGUGUUCUACAGUUCGUCUUGCUGUUCGCCUGAUAUGGAGCUGCUGGUGGCAGAUAACAUCGGUAAUGUGGGGACAUGUUACUACAGUUCUAGGGAAAGCUCACCAGCUGCGUUCUCCAUGUCCACCAGAGUCACACAGUCCACACUUCUUUGCUUGAGCAUAGUGGUAGGUGCUCUUAUACUGACAGAACGUGGCUUCUAUUGACAACAUGUCAAAGAUGCAAAAGCUGUAUCAAUAUGUUUGUAGUUAACAAUGUUACAUACAAUCAGUUGAGUAUGUAGUUAUUUGAAAAAUGUUACCUGUAUGUACACGACCACAACUCAGAGUAUUAGUAGCUUUUCAUUAAAAAAAAAUGCAAUUACUCCAUGCUCAGUGGUUCACUGCCUUUAUUAACCAAUUUGUAGGUUUCCACUAUUUAAGGGAAGAUUUAUUAACCACUCACCUAUGCCACAGUUGCCCAACAAGACAUGACAUUAGCUCAAAGGCCAGGUUGUAAUUCUGUGCUUCUGUCCAAGAUUGAUUAAUAGAUUCAAUAUCUGCAGAUGGAUAGGCUCUUCUCCUUAUGACAUUGAUGUGAUAAACUUCCGCUUAACUUCACAACUCCUGAGCUUUCCAAAUGCAAAGUCGACCUGUUGUCAAGUUAGAUUAUAUGAUUCAGCUAAGGAUGUAACGAUAACCUUGAAAUACAAUUAAAAAUCCUUAAAAAUUAGGGACAAUUCAAAUAGAUAAGACAAAAAAAACUAUAUCACAACCAGCAGAGAGUGCUGUUUGCUUUUGUUUUAAGUAAAUGUAAAACCCUGCCUGCCUGAAGGAGUGUGAGAGCCAAAGAGAUUACACAUGCAUUAGUUUGGGGCUGAGGAGAACUUAAAUGAGAACUUACAUGAGGCGAUACAAAGAUAAUUGUUGAGAGAAUGUCUUUUAAAAGCUUUCCUUGCUUUAUUGCCAGAAACACAGGAUACAUUCCUGAUUGUUGAAAGAUAUUUUCACAUUUAUGCUUUGAAUCUAUUUAUUAGAUUUUAACAUAUUUAGUUUAUUUUUAGUUAAAAUGUGAAAUAAAAGUAUGUUUAUUAUAUAUCAGCGAACCUUUUAAGUUUUAAAAAAACACUUACUCAAAAACCUAAAAAAAAGAUGACAUAAAUGUAUAAAUAUAAAAUAGGCAAAACAUUUUUUAUUUAGCUAUUUUUAUUGUCAGGAUUAAACUCAGGAUUGUUCAUAAUUGGACUAAAAUCUAAUUUCUAUUUAAAAAUGAAAAUGUGUGAAUGUAACAUUAGAUAGCUUUACAGUCUGAAAGAAAGGAUGCCACUACUAAAUGCUAUUUACAGGUAGUAAACUUUGACAGGAUUUGUGCCAGUUCUACAAAAGUUGUAAGAUAAAUAAUUUUCAUUGUGUUUCUCGGGUAUGUGGCAUGAUGUUUUGUCUCACAUUGUUUGGGAUUUCGUCUGCCCCCUGGUGGCCAAAACGGAUUAAUGCAGCUUUACAUUUGUGUGGCUGCUAAGCUAAAGUGGUAACAGCUUUAAUUUUUCUAAAAUGAAAAAUGAAUGGAGGCAGUCUGAUGCCCUUUGUGUUAUUUUUUGAGUUAAUGUAUUUCUUUCUGUUUAUGUAAAGACUGUUGCUGCUUUACUUCGGAUGUAUACAUUGUGAUCCAGACCUUCAACAAGCUCAUCUUAGGUUCCCCACAUGCACAUGGACAUGUACUGAUUGUAAUAGUCCAAAGACCAGCUUGCCACCAAGCACCUCUAGGUGUUGGUUGAUAUAUCUAUCAGGAUAUGGGCUGGUGUGUCGGCAGACAGAAAAUGAAGACAUUUAAAAAAAAAAAAACUGUU